AUGCUCAAAGGCCUAAAAAUAAGAUCUCUAGUGUGUAUAGUGGAAAUCAUUGAAGGCAUAAUUAACAAUAUACACAUUAUAAAGAUUGCCUUGUUUAUGAUGAGGAUUCUUAAGGGAGCUUACAUAUUGAUAUGGAAAAUUUUGUGUAUGUGGAAUGGCAGACCUUACAACUAUUCAACAGAAAGUAAUCGAAGAAGCAGACUCACCAUCUUCAAGAAUAUGAACGUUGCAUUCAUCUGUGAUGGAAAUAGAAGAUAUAUGAAGAAGCUCGGGUUAGAGGAUAGAUUUACGAAAGAUGAGGGCCUCCAGAAGGUAUAUGAAUUCAUCAAUUUUGGAUAUUUCUAUGGCUUUGAAGAAAUUUCUUUUUUCUGCUUUGCACUGAACAACCUUAAGAGAACUCCUGAUGAAGUGAAUGGAAUGAUGGAAGUUGUUAAAAAAAAGGUAAAAGAGCCCAAGGAAGUGGGCAUCAGGCCAAGAUUCCGGAUCUAUGGAAGAUUGGAUCUCCUUGAGGAGGAUGUUAGAAAUAGGCUCAUGGAUAUAGAGAGAGAAUCUAGAAAUAAUACAGACAUAAUUGUAAAUAUCUUCUUUGCAUAUUCUUCAGAAGAUGAAAUCAGUAGGGGAAUCCAGUUUAAUAGUCGCGUCGAUAUACUCAUAAGAACGGGAGAUACAAAAAGGUUAAGCAACUUCAUGAUUCGCCAGGUUGCAAAGGGUACAUCGGUGUUUUUUGCAAAGCCUCUAUGGCCUGAGCUGACAACCGCACAUCUCUUCCUAAUACUUUUAAAGCACAGGCUAGAAGAUAGAUAUUUAUUGAAUUGA